UCGCUGGAUGUCUACAACGGAAAGGUAUUAGCCGCAAAAGGAAACGUCAUAGUAGUAAAUAUAAACUAUCGAGUUGGAUCUUUUGGUUUCCUAUUUCUCGACGACGAUGAAGUACCAGGGAAUGUAGGACUCUUAGACCAGCGUCUGGCGCUACAUUGGGUUCAAGAAAACAUUGCAGCUUUCGGUGGCGACCCCAAUAAUGUUUGUCUUUUUGGCGAAAGUGCUGGCGCUGCUGCCAUUUUUGCACAUGUAGUUUCUGAAAAAAGUCGUGACCUAUUCCACCGUGUUAUCGUCCAGAGCUCUUCGAUGGACACCCCAUGGGCAGUAGUUGACCCAGUUACAGCAAAAGCGAGAUCUGAAGAAUUUGCUGCACAGUUGGACUGCAAACAAUCGAAUGUGGCCGAAAUGGCUGCAUGUUUAAGGGACAAAACUCCAGAGGACUUAAACAGUGCCUACUGGAAUGUUGCUGUGAGGUUCAUGGAAUUUCCUUUGGUCAUUGUCAGCAAAGACCAUGGGGGAUUCUUUACCACUGACGCAAUUGACGCUUGGAAAAGAAAAGAUUUUAAGCCAAAUUUGCAAAUCCUUAUUGGCACAGAUGCAGAUGAAGGAUCGUAUUGGGCGAUAUACUACUUGCCAGAUUACUACAAGUAA